AUGGCAGGAGCAACGAAUGAACGCAGUCGACAUGUGAAAACUGAAUUCCUUCAAAAGAAUGGAAUAGAUAGUUUAUUAAAUCCAGGUAAGAUUAAGUUACAAGGACAACUCUACAACGUGGACGAAUAUCUACUUUCUCUAUAUCAAACGAAUAUCAAACUUAUCUGUGGAAGAUGUCAUAAAGCGGGACAUGUGAAGAAGAACUGUCAGAAUUCUGCCUUUGGCAUUUGUCGAAGAUGCGGUGGUGAUCGAUCUAAUAUACAACAACAUAAAGAAUGUGCAAUUUGCUAUCAUAAUUGUGGACGUCAACAUGUAUCGCCUGACUUUAGAUGUCCUCUAAUCGCUGAUUAUCGAAAUGAAUUGAUUGAAGUUUUAAGACGUCAUCCAGAAACGCUGCCGGCAGCCGUACAACUCUUCAUACCUACUGCUUAUCGUGAGGAAGCCAGUCGAUCAAAAUCAAUAUAUAAUAAAGAAGCUCGUCUUCAACUUCUGCAGCAGCAAAGAAUCCCACAACAAAUUUAUGACAGAAACGAUCAAGCUGCCUUGCCUUCUUUGCAUCCUUCCCUCACAACGGCUUCUACAACAAUAAACUCAGCAAACAAUAGUAAUAUGAGUGAAAUAAUGAAAUCGUUUUCAGACGAAUUGCAAGAUUUAAAGAGGAAACAUGAAGAGGCUCAACAACUAAUAGAAAUGAAGCACCAGAAAAAUCUCAAUAUAAUGAAAACCGCAUGGAUGAUUCUUCAAUAA